UCCACAUAAAACCUCCACCAGUCUCUUCUGGUUUUUCUUUAACUCUCUCGAGAACCCUCUUUGUUUUCUUUUUAAAAGUCCUUUUCUCUCCCAAGAAAUUAAACUUCUUUGAAGUGUAGGCAGCCGAUUCGAGGCUUUUUCAAGAACUGGCUAAUUCACAGGAAAUACUGGAAGAAGAAUCGUCUUCAAGGAAGAACCAAGAAGUGGUUCUUUCCCUUUAUGAAGCCUUAAAGUCUCGAGACGUCGAUACUGUUCACAAGAUCCUUGCUUCUGACCUUGAAUGGUGGUUUCAUGGCCCGCCAUCUCAUCAGUUUAUGAUGCGCCUCCUUACUGGUGCUGACACAUCAUUAUCAAAAAUUAGCAAAAAAACCUUUGAAUUCAACCCAGAAAUCAUUAGGGUUUUUGGCUCCAUUGUCAUAGCUGAAGGGUGUGAUUCUACUCGCUCUAUUUCUUGGGUUCAUGCUUGGACCGUGACUGAUGGGAUAAUUACUCAGGUUAAAGAGUACUUCAACACUUCUCUCACCGUCACUCGCCUUGGUCAUCGAGAUCAAUCUGAACCGUCUGAUUCUUCUCCAUCUUCUUCGUCGUCGUCGUCGUCAUCAACGGCCGAGAUUACUUCUGUGCAUUGCCCGUCCGUUUGGGAGAGUAGCCUCUCCAAUCGGGUCGGAAAGUCGGUGCCGGGUUUGGUUCUUGCAAUCUAGUGUCUCUCUCUGAUCAACUGCAGCCGUUUCUAUUAACAACGAUAAUAAAAGGAAAAGGUUGCACUUGUGUGUCUGAACAGAGAUGUAAUGUGUUUAAGGUAUUGUUUGUUUCUUAGUUCUGGUUUGGUUUUUUAAGUUGUUCUGUGUGGUUUGUGCCAACGAUGGUGAGACUUGGUUUAUAUAGUGGGUCUAUGUCUGUGAUAUGUUGUUUUCAUUAUCUAAUAAAGGUGUGUUAUUGUGAUUUUA